AUGGCAGCGCAAUCUGAUGAGAACCAACCCCCUUCGUUCUUCGACAUUAUCGAAAUCAAAGAGCUUCCUGACGGUACCGUUCUCUACUCCUUCGGCGAUGUCGACCCCUCGGCGCCCCCAAAGAUUGAUCCAACGCCAGAGCCUACACCUGAGGUCUCUGCCGAACCAACACCCGCACAGGAAACCGAACCCACCCCUGAACCUGCCUCAGAGCCCGCUCCCGAACAAGCUGCAGAGCCCGAACCUCAACCAGAGCCCGAGCCUGUUCCAGAGCCGGAACCUGAACCCGAGCCAGUGCCUGCGCCAGAGCCAGUAGCCGAGACAGCCGCACCGGCUGAGCCCGAAGCUCCAGCUGAGGUUGCGGAGAUUGCUCCAGCAGGAGUGGAAGAAGCGGAGGCAGAAGCAGCAACGGCUACUGAAGCGUUGCAAGAAGAGGUGAGCGCCGAUCCGGUAGUAGUCGCUGCAGCAGCAGACAACGCAUUAGCCGACAUUCCCAAAGAGGAAGAGCCCGCAGCAGUCGAGGCAGAGCCCGCUGCAGUCGAGGCAGAGCCUUCAGCAGUCGAGGCAGAGCCUGCGCCAGUCGAGGCAGAUCCUGCAGCAGUCGAGGCAGAGGCAGCAGUCGUAGCGGAGUCGGCACCAGCCGCUGAGAUAGAGCCAGCAGUUGCAGCGGUGGCAGCAGCGCCUGUAACGGAGGAGACGGUAGUGGAGCCUGUGGCAGCAGUAGCAGUAGCAGCAGCAGAACCAGCGGCAGCGGUAGGAGGUGCCGCUACGCGUCAGCGCCCCAUGGGGUUCGCGAAGCGGUCCCCCGUGGCCAAUGCACGGCGCAAGCAGAGCUCUAAGCGGAGCGCGGUGGCGGGAGCGAUGGCGGAAGUAGCAUCUGCGGUUCACGAGGACGAGAGGGCAGCUGUGGUUACUGCAGCAGGUGAGGCCUCUGCUGAGAGUGCUGCCUCUGCUGACCAUGCGUCUGCCACCACUGCUGUUCCUGCUGUCGCUGUUGCGAUCCCCGAGCGGCCGCCCACCAGAUUUGUGAAGCGGAGCCCGCUCAAGGAUGCGAUGGCGAGGAAACUGGAGGCAGCGGCCGCAGCGGGCGAGCCCAGCGACGAUGAAUCGGAGCUUGUCGAAGCAGCCACGCGAUGGCGUUCGUCACUUCCUCCCCGGCUGCCUUCUAAGUUCAAGCGCCAAUUCCCAAGGUUCCAGUCCAGACCGCGCCCAGGCACCCACUUGACAGAAGUCGUUCUGAACCUGUCUGGUUCUGCUGCUGCUCAGGAGAAACAGCUGGAACCUGCUCCUGUGUCAGAUGCAUCAGUCAGUGCUGCUGAAGAAGUAGCGGUGACCCAAGAAGAAGAUGUAGGAGAUAUCGAGGCGGUGGUGGAAGCAGCGCCGAGUGUGAAUGGGGUGAAGAGGCGAGAUGCGCUUGAGGCGAUGACGGCCCAGGAUUUGAAAUCGUUGCUCAAGGAAAGGAAAGUGCGGGGGUAUUCGAGGAUGCGCAAGGCUGAGCUAGUGGAGUUCAUCCUCGAUAUGGAGGAGAUUAACUAG